UAUUGAUCACUUCAAAUCAAUUGUGUUGUUGCAUACAAAUUGGUGCAAAACCACCCAAUCACAAUUAUGACUUCUACAUCAGUACAUGUGCAAUGUUGAUCUGUAUCAUCACGCAUUUGUUUAAUCAGGCUAAUAUUUCAUCUGCCUCAUUGGACUGAUAACGUGAUGAGAAAAACUGAAAUUACUGAAACUGAUCAACCCAUUCACUUCUGUUCAAAGAGCUAGCUGAGGGAUUUGGUCUUUUUUAAGCCACCCAGACAUUCAUUCUCUUUUCUAAACACUAGAUUUUGCAGAAAGAAAAUAAAAUCUCCUUUGUAGGCAAAACCAUCUUUUGGCACCACAGAAUUCACCUCCACGUUUGAACUUUCUGUCCUUGAGGAGAACUGGUAGAAUUAGCUACAGAAAUCACUUUGCUUCCAUGGGCUUUUUGCAUCCUCUACUUCAUUUGCCUUUCUAAGGACUCGUCAUAGAAGAUCUUGCUUUCUCCAAGUCAUACAAUCAUCUCAAAAUCCUAAGGAAAUGGACUUCCCUGGCUGUGCCUCAGAAAGAAGAGCAAACAGAACUGUGAUCCACCUCAGGGAGACAGAGUUCAACAGUUCCUCAAAUUUGGAUGACACAACUUUGUUACUUUUGCUGGAGGAAUGGUCUCUCACCCCAUCAGGCACAAACACGAAGAUGUUCUUAAUCUCUCCAGUUGUCUGUCUUGUGGCAGGUGUCCUCAUCAUCCCUACCAUCUUAUUUGUGAUCUUCUCUCGGUUUAAAAUCCGCCAGGAAACAAGGUACAUGCUGCUGGGAAAUGCUCUGCUUUCUGAUCUGAUCUAUCUGCUGUUCUAUACCCUGUCAGCUGCUCUCAAUGCAGCACAUCUACACCUCCCAAAGGAAGUUUGUGUCCUCCUCUUAUUUUUGCUGGCAGUGGCUUACUGUGGAGGACUGUUCACGGCUGUUGCAAUAGUCUUGGACACGUACAUUGCUGUUUUGUUUCCUUUGCGCUACAUUGCUAUUUUGCCUCCCUCACGGACUAAAAAAAUCAUUGUAUUACUGUGGAUGUGUUCCGGAGCUUUCCCUGGGAUUUUCUUCUUGGUGCUAUGGAAUACCCACAGCUUUGUGCCCUGUGUCCUGGAAACGUGCUCAGUUCCAGUAAUACUAACAUUAACUCUGAAUGGGACUGAUGCUGUGAAACUCUGCUUCUGGCUUUCUACCACAGUUAUCAUUCUCUGCCUGUCUGUAAUAUUUUGUUGCUAUUCUAUUCUAUAUUUUAAAACCAAACACUCAGGUAUAUGGGAGAGCAUCUGCUCCAGAGCCAGUGUAACAUUUGUAAUGCACAACACUGUGUUAUUUUUUUACUUCUUUCCACUCUUGGCCCUUUUUGUAGAAUCAUUCUUGUGCGUUAAUGUUUUCAUCAGACUGCAGACAGGAAUCUUGGUCUCCCUGACAGUCUGCAAUGUCCUCAUGAUUCUUCCUAAAGUUCUAUUCCCUUUUCUGUAUGGGCUUCGAUACAGAGAGAUCUCGACCUCUCUCAAAUCCAUUGUCAGGAGGAGGCAGCUUCACCUGGUGUCACCUGCUCCACCACCAUCCUGAGGCAGCACAGAGCACAGUCACAGCAGAGGAGCUGUCCUCACCUUGUUAUCGUGCAAGACUGAUGGAAAUCACCCAGCUUCUGAAGUGGAGAAGUGAUCAAUCCAUGGUAAGAAGACAUGGGUUCAUCACUGCCUCUUUCGUGCCAAAAGGCCACAGAUCUUUCAUCACGACACAGCUGAGAAUACAGUGGAUGCUACCCUGGAUGAAGUUCCAAGCUUUGUUCUGAAAGGCAGGACCUUCUGGAGGAGAUAUUGAAUUAAGGUCAUUUUCACCCACCUGCUGCAGAUGCCUUU